AUGCCCGCCUACAACUCAAUAUUCAACAGCGAAGCUGCCCCUCAGUUAAUAGGCAAUUUCCCCCUUCUUUCCCUCCGUACACGAACCCGCGGACCAGCCUACACCCUUCCUCUCGACGCCAGUCUCCCCGCACAUCUCUCCCCAGAACCAGACUCCGAAUCCUACGAUGCGCUGGACGAAGUGCUAUCCCUGUUCCGCGCGAACACAUUCUUUAGGAAUUUUGAGAUCCAGGGCCCGGCUGAUCGGCUGUUGAUUUAUGGGAUUUUGUGGGUUAGUGAGUGUCUAGGGAAGGUUCGGCCGAGUAUGAGUGCGAGAGAAGCUCAAAAAGAAGUCCAAAACAUAGCACUCGACAAUAACUUCUCCAUCCCCGGCGACCCAGGGUUUCCCCUGAACCAGGUACGUUUCCCUUUCUUUCCCAGCCCCCUCCUCCUAUUCCGUUUGGCCGUCGUUUUCCAAUUUCUCCCCGCCCCAAUUCCUUCCAUCAACCCAGGCGGCUCACAGCUCGACUAUCAAAUAGAUGUUCGCACCUCCUUCCAGCCGCCAAGAAGCCGAAGUCCUGCGCCAAUAUCUAAGCCAAGUUCGGCAGGAAUUGGCGAUCAGGUUGUUGGCUAG